AUGGAUAUAAUCGUAGUUGGUGGAAGUCUCGCAGGCCUAUUUGCAGGUUUGGUACUCAAACGCCUUGGUCAUAAUGUUCAUAUCUUAGAACGAAAUCCUACACGUUAUUAUCAAGGUAAUGGAGCUGGUAUAUCCGUAGGCCCUGAACUUCGAGAUUAUAUGGACAAGUUUGACAAAACUGGUCGGAAUUUUAUUAUACCGUCUAUGUUUCGUCGCUAUCUUGAUAUUCAUGGUAACGAAAUACAUCGAGAAGAUUGGAUUCGACCUACGACCAGUUGGGAUUUAAUGUAUUAUAUUCUACGCGCGAAUUUCGAUGGACUCGAAAGUGAGUAUUGUAAAGGAACAGACCAAGCAGGUGGAAAAACAAUUUAUGAUUAUGAUGCAAACGUGAGUGAUAUGAAAGUAGACAAUGAUGGAAUAACUAUAAUUUACGAACAAAAGAAUCAAAAAAAUUCAAUUAAGGCUGAUAUUUUACUCGCAGCAGAUGGAGCAUCGAGUAACAUACGAACGUUACUAAAUCCAUACCUAGAACGAAAAUACGUUGGCUACGUUCUUUGGAGAGGCACAAUUCUUGAAUCAGAAGCAUCGGAAUUACUUGCAUCGUCUUUCGUCGAAUGCUUCACAUUCUUUCAUGCACCUGGUAUACAGUUUUUCUAUUAUUUUAUUCCCGGUAAGAAUGGUGCACUAGAUCAAGGAAAUCGAUUGAUAAAUUGGGGAUGGUACUGCAAUUGUGAAGAUCCAUCAGAAAUACUCACGGAUUGUGAUGGAAAAACGCAUCGUUGGACAUUACCUAUUGGUAAAGUUCAGCUUAAAGUGUGGGAAAAUCAAAAACAAUAUGCGACUCAUAAUCUUCCACCUCAAUUUGCACAGUUAGUUCACAUAACGCAGUCGCCUAUCGUUCAAGUUAUCACUGAUGUUCUUGCACCACAAGCAACUUAUUAUGGUGGUAGAAUCGUGCUACUCGGCGAUGCACUGGCUACAUUUCGACCACAUACUGGUGCUGGCGCGAGUCAAGCUGCAUUUGAUGCUUUACAGCUAUGGGAAAAUAUGAAGAACUGGCAUGAAUGGAUGAAGAAUAAAAGUUCGUAUGAAGAUCUUGUGAUGGAAUUUGCAAGAUAUGGCGUUCAACAUGGGCAAAAAUUGGGUAAUCUAUCUCAAUUUGGACAUUACAAAGUUGAUGGAAAGUUAAAAAUGGGCUUCCUGCCGCCAUUUGAAAAGGCAUUGCAAUCUGAAGAAGAUGAGCUAUUGUAUGAUAAUUCAACUUGA